AUGGACGCCGGCGGUGUGCAAGUCCAACAUCAACCAUCAAACCAAGACCCCACUCGUCAAUCUUGGAGGAAUGGCGGUGGUGUAAAUGGUAGUGACCAAAAUAAACGUAGAGAGAAUAGUAAUAACAGCAAUGGCGGUAGUAAUAAAACGAGACCAGUAAACCUAAAGUCUUCACCACCUCAAAAUGUAUUUAUUUCGAGAUCUCCGCCCAAAUCUUCAAUGGGUUCAUCAUCACCUUCUAAUGGCACACUGAAUAGUAAUAAUAAUGCUAUCAAUGCUGCUUCUACCGCUGUUCAACCCUCUUCAAAACAAAAAUCUUCAAUGAGUAAUUCAGUUGGUAGACCAACACCGAAACCUCUUAAUUUAUCAAAAUCCACUUCAGUCCAAAUCUCGAAUUUCAAUAGAGGUCCACAAACAGCGACUUUUCCUCCAAAGGUCAAUCGAGCACUUAAUCUUCCUCAACCUCCGAAAACGGCUACUUAUCCAAAGUCAACGGGUUUUCCUAAAGAACUAAGACAGGCAACCGCUGUUAGAACAUAUAUUCAAACUGUUCCGGAGUCCCCACGAGUAAGACGUUAUAGUGCUACGCCAGCGCCACUUCGAUUCGUCACUCCUAAUUAUCGUCAAGUCGAAUUAGGUCCUGGUACUCCUGUUGUUGUUCUUAGUCAUCCGGAGGAUUCAGAUUCACAAGAAUCGUCUCCUCCAACUCCUGGUUAUUUACCAGAAGGUUAUGGACCCGACAUUUAUGACUUUUAUCAAUUGGCUUAUGAACCGGAAGAAUAUGAGGAUAAUCAAUUAUAUUAUUACUAUCCCGAGUAUCAUCAAGAUUAUGUUCCUCAGACACCAACGGGAACAUCUCAACAGCAACGUGCUUAUACUCUUCCUACCACAACAAAGGACCAGAGACGUAGAAGUGUCAUUGGUGGCCCAUUGAAAGUUCAUCCUGACGCUGUUCUCCCAAUCCGGCAGCCAAAAGGUCCCGAUAUGGCAAAGAAUUUUGCCACGCGUAUUCGUCGUAAAGCAGUCAACAAGCUAUACGCGGCUGCUGCUGAAAGGCGAAGUAAAUCCGCUGCUGACCGGAGAAAAUCCGCAAUGUUUUAG